AUGCCAUAUCCCGGCUCAUAUGUCACAAGAGACAUUGGCAACCGUCUGAUUUAUGACGAACGCGAUUACAGCGUUAAUGACGAAAGAAAAAAUUUCACAGCUCUGUUCAAAGCACUCAUAGGUUAUCAUACAAAAUACUCGAUAUUAUUUGCAACUCUAUUACAUUAUUACGCUGGAAAUAAUUACGGACAUAAUUCCGUAUUUUUGAAACCAUCAUGCAAGCCGUCGAGAAACAAAGAGGGGGUGUUUUUUUUGCAUGGUUAUGGAGGUACCAGCAAGACUUUCAUGUGGAGAACACUGUCAAGUGCACUCCGUUCGGAAAGAAAAAUAUGUAUUACUGUUGCUUCAAGUGGCAUAGCUUCAUUAUUAUUACCAGGUGGAAGAACUGCCCAUUCAAAGUUCAAAAUUCCAGGGCCGACUCUUGACAACUCUACGUGCAAUAUCGACAAGAAUACAGAGCAUGCACAGUUACUUCAAGCAACUGAUGUGAUCAUUUGGGAUGAAGCACCCAUGGCACAUAAAAAUUGCUUUGAGGCAUUAGACAAAACACUUAAAGACCUCAUGAAUCAGAAUGGCCUAUCGGGAAGAAUAUUUGAAGGCAAAGUUGUUGUAUUCGGCGGAGAUUUCUGGCAGAUUCUUCCCGUUGUUCCAAGAGCUUCCCAUUCAGAUAUUGUGCAUGCAUCAAUAUUCUCAUCUUAUGUGUGGGAUCACUGCAAGGUCCUGACUCUAACCAGAAAUAUGAGGCUUAGGAAUGAUAAAGGCAAUAAGAACAGUAAUGAUAUUGCAGAAUUCUCGAAAUGGAUACUAGAUGUCGGCGAUGGUAGGCUAUCUGAACCAAACGAUGGAUUGGCCGAUAUAGAGAUCCCUCAGGAGUUACUAAUUACAAAUUUUGAAGAUCCCAUACAAGCCAUCGUUGAAAGCACGUACCCGGAUUUGUUGCAAAAUUAUACCCGUCCUGAUUAUUUGCAAGGCAAAGCAAUUCUUGCAUCAACAAUUGAAGUUGUUGACAAAAUCAACCAUUAUAUUUUGAACCUAACUCCAGGGGAAGAAAAGGAAUAUUUUAGUUUUGACGAGAUAGACAAGACCGAUGCGACAUACAGUGAAGCUUACGAAGUUCUAACACCUGAAUUUUUGAGUAAUCUAAGAACAUCCGGUCUACCAAAUCACAUUCUCAAAUUGAAGGUUGGUACACCAAUUAUGUUGAUGAGAAAUUUAGACCAAUCUCAAGGAUUGUGCAAUGGCACAAGACUUAUUGUUACAAGGUUGGCCAAUCAUGUCAUUGAAGCAAGAAUUAUUUCUGGCAAAAAUAUAGGUAACCUCUUUUACAUUCCUCGAAUGUCUAUGUCGCCUUCAGAGUCUCCUUCGCCAUUUAAGUUGAUUAGACGACAAUUUCCAAUAAUUGUCUCUUAUGCUAUGACAAUUAAUAAAUCACAAGGUCAAUCUCUUGAUACCGUCAGACUGUAUUUGCCUACUCCGGUCUUUAGUCAUGGUCAAUUAUAUGUUGCCAUAUCUAGAGUUACCAACAAAAAAGGUUUAAAUAUAUUGAUUCAUGACAACGACAAUGUUCCGCAGUCGACGACUACAAAUGUCGUGUACAAGGAAGUUUUUCAAUCACUUUAUUAA